CUUUCCUUUUCCUCUUUCUUCCGCCGCUGAAAGAUCGGCCAACAUGUCGUCUCACCUGCAGUGGAUGGUAAUCAGAAACAACUCCAGUUUCCUUAUCAAGAGGAACGGACAGACCUACAGUACCGAGCCCAAUAAUCUGAAGGCCCGGAAUGCUUUUCGCUUCAAUGGCCUUGUGCACCGCAAGACAGUUGGAGUAGAGCCUGCUGCUGACGGCAAAGGUGUGGUCGUCAUCCUGAAGAAACGUGCAGGUCAGCGGAAACCAGCCGCUUCUUAUGAGAAGAUCACCAUCAAUAAGAACUCCCGCGCCACUCUGAGCAGCCUUCGGAACGUCAUCCGCAAAAACAACUACAGGAAGGAUCUGCGCAUGGCUGCCCUGCGACGUGCCAGCGCAAUACUUAAGAGUCAGAAGCCUGUUGUUGUGAAGAAAAAACGUUCAAGAGCAGCCAAGACCGCAUAAAUGCGUAUAAAUAUGCUUAAAUAGUGUAUAUUGGCCUGCUUCUUACUUUAAUAAAGGUGUUUGGUCAUAAAAUCUGG